AUGACUGACGCGUGUCAAGGAUCCGGAUUCGCUCCUUCAUACGCACAAGUUGGAUUGCCACGCCUCGCAGAGCCGGCUAGCUUGCAGCAGUUCAGUCUUCUCAAUGAGUGGAUCGAAUUGUGCAACCAAAAUCAUAGUUGUUUCCCAGAUACGAGCGACACGUAUCAACCUGGUUGCAUGCCUACAAGAGUCAUAGAUGUUCGCCAACUUCGUCUUGUCGAAAUCAGCAAGCGUACGAAACACAAGUAUAUCGCUCUAAGCCAUUGUUGGGGAAAGCUUAAACUAGAGGAAAAAUUCUGCACUACUUCUCAUAAUAUUGAGAUUCUAAAGAAGAAUAUUCCACUCAAAUCCCUACCAAAAAGCUUCCAGGACGCGGUAACAGUUACCCGUGCUUUACGCAUCUCAUAUCUCUGGAUCGACUCCCUUUGCAUUAUCCAAGACGAUACAAAGGACUGGGAAUCAGAAGCUUCCAAGAUGGGAGACGUCUUUAAUUCUGCAUACUGCACCAUCGCUGCAAGUUCUGCCGCAUCCUCUCUGGAUGGAUUCCUUGGUGUACGAAGCCCGAGGGCUUGCGUUACCGUCCAGACAACCCGUGGACCCCUGCAACUUGCCGAAUUCAUCGACAAUUUCCAUGCACAUGUUGAGCAGAGUGUAUUGAGUACACGAGGCUGGGUAUUACAAGAGAGAGCACUUUCUCGUCGCACCAUAUACUUUACAUCGACCCAAGUCUAUUGGGAAUGCGGCGGUGGCGUCUGCUGCGAGACGUUGGCUGGAUUGCGAAACCCGAAAUCUCAGUUUCUGGGCGACUCCAAUUUCCCUGCUUCCGGCCUUAAAUACUACAAGGAUGACCGCAUACGACUGAUUCAGCACAUAUACCAAAUCUAUAGCAAACUUCACCUUACAAAUGCUACCGAUCGUCCAAAGGCCAUCAUAGGUUUGCAAAAGCGACUUGCUUCCACAUUUGGGUCCAGAGCCGAGUACGGCCUGCAUGAAAAGUACCUGCACAGGACGUUGCUUUGGGAGGCUGCUGUCUCCGGAAGCCUGUCCCGGAUAUCAUUCAAAGGGAACAAUUGUGUGCCUUCCUGGUCUUGGAUGGCAUGCACUGGCGGAAUCCAGUUUAUGAACAUUCCUUUCAACCAAGUCAAUUGGACAGGAAAUGUCCAAAACCCAUUCGUUACUGCGAGUCCAAAUGCUCAAUGGGACGGGCGACUACAUGCCGAAGCAAGUCAGCUAUUGAUCGACGGCAUUGAACUAUCAAAAAGAUCGAUAAUUGAUUCGGAUUAUAAUGUGUUCGAUCCUGUAAAUUGGAAGUGCAUCGUUGUUGGGAUAAGUAAGGUUGCAAGCGAGGAAGACAAGCCCGCCCACUAUGCCUUGUUAAUACGUUCGGUAUCACACACUUCUCCUAUCUACGAAAGAGUCGGUGUUGGGACUCUAUUGGCAGAUCAUAUCUCACCAAAGAUAGAACGUGUCAUUGUUAUGUAG